CAAAUGGUCAGCCCGCACAGUGCACUCACUUAAGCCCUAGCGCGAGCCCGAGACACAAGCAGAGAGAGUGCAACACCACCACCAUUAAUCUCCAACUGUCAGCGCUCUCAAUUUCAAGCUUGGACUUCAAACGCAUAUUCAGCUCUUCUUCGUCUACGUCUCCAAUUCAACUGGUUCUUCUUGCCCGUCGUUCUCGUUCUUAUUCUUCUUCUUGUUUCUACUCGUAGCUCACUGGAGAUAUCAGCAGCAGGUCUAUCUGUGAGGUUGGUUUUUGCUACGUUGUUUGAUUUGAAGAAAGGUUUAAUGGAUUUCGACGAGUAUGAGUACUUAGAGAAAACGGUUGAAAAUCCUGAACCCCAGAAAGCAAAGGAAACUGCAAAUGGUGGUGAGGAAACUCUAAAAUCUGGAGAGAAAGGUCGCAGUCGAAGUUCAAAACAUAAGAGUGAUGAGAAAGGUCAUGAUGAGGAACGUCACUCAAAGCGUUCAAAAUCUGGAGAUGACUCACGUGAACAUGAUCAUGAUCGGCACAGAGAGAGGGGAUCUUCUCGUCAUCGCUCACGGUCAAGAGAAGUAGAAAAGGAUCGCCACAGGAGUAGCCGGGAACAUAGAGGUAGGGAGGACAGGGAAAGGGAGGAAAGAAAUGGAAGGGAGAGAGACAGGGACAGAGACAAAGAGCGGGAUCCUGAUCGAGCUAGAGACAGGAGAGAACGCGACCGUGAGGGUGACAAGGAUGACAAGGACCGGGAGAAGGAGAAAGAGCGAUCACGUCGAAGUAGGAGUCAUUCAGAAAGGCAUCGAAGUGAUCGGGAUGAAAGAGAGAGGAGCAGGGAUGUGGAGCAUAAAGAAAGAGAUAAGGAGAAGGAUUUAAGGGAGCGGGAAAAAGAAAGCAGGUAUUCUUUAGAUUUAUAUUGUUUGGCUUUUUGGCUGUCAAAUUCUUUGUUAGACUGUAUAGUUUGUGUUUGGACCACUAUCCUUUUUAGCACACUAGCAUAAGUGACCAUCCACUGGAUUAAUCAUUUAAAGUUUGAUCAGAUAGCAAGCCAUUGUACUGCAUAUUAAUAGCAU